AUGGAGAGAUUUGAGUUUUCUCUACUUCUAGUAUUUACCCUAUCGUUCUAUUGGUUGAGAGUGGAAAGCGAAGGUGGCUUCUCUAUUCGCAAGGUGAACCAACGUUGCAGUGCCGAGGAAAGAGAUGCCCUCCUUGAUGUUAAGCAAAGUCUAUCUGAUCCUCACCUCCUUCUCUCGACUUGGGAUACAGACAAGGAUUGUUGCAUAUGGAAGGGAGUGAGUUGUAGUAAUAAGAUCAAUCAUGUCAUCAAACUCGAUUUUUCUACUUUCUCAGACAUUGAGGGUGAUGUUUUUUAUGCCGCAUCAUUACAUCCUUCUUUUUUCCGCUUACGACACUUGCAGUAUUUAUGCUUGGGUAACAUUCUCUUUAAUCAAAUAAGGAUCCCUCAUUCUAUUGGUUCCCUCAACAAUUUGAGUCAUCUUGAUCUCUCCUCUUCGGGGUUUGUCGGAGAAAUUCCACCACAAAUUGGAAACUUGACAAAACUUAGAUACCUUGAUCUUAGUUAUAAUUCUCUUGUUGCUUAUAACCUCUUGUGGAUAUCGCACCUCUUCUCUUUACAAUUCAUUGAUAUGUCGAAUGUGAAUCUAACAUUCGCUACGAAUUGGUUACAUGAGAUCAGUGCGCUUCCAGCUCUCUCCACUUUGUAUUUGUCAUCAUGCAACCUAAAAACACCUCCGAAUUUACUUUCAUAUUCUAAUUUUUCAUCAACCAUUAAAACAUUUGAUCUUUAUAAUAACCAUCUCAAUGGAAGUUUGUCAAAUUGGUUAGGACAAUUCAAAAGAAUAAAGGCAUUAUACCUCGAUUCAAACUUUUUAACAGGACCAAUCUCGUUAGCCUCUUUAAGCUUAUUAUGUGAUCUAUAUUUUUUGGGCCUUAGCGAUAAUAAUUUUACAAAAUUAAGUGAUGAUGGAAAUGCUUUAAAAUGCAAAGAAUAUAAAUUGACAAAUUUGGAUAUCUCGAAUAACCAACUGUGCGGAAGCAUGCCUGAAUGGGUUGGAAAUAUGACAAAUUUAUCCUGGCUUUAUCUUCGAAACAAUCAGUUUAAUGGACUUAUUCCACAGAGUCUUGGACAACUGACUAACUUAGUUUUUUUGGAUCUUCAUUCCAAUAAUUUGCAUGGUAGUCUCUCUGAAAUUCAUUUUGCAAAUCUAUCACAAUUGAAAAGCAUAAAUCUUUCAGGUAAUCAACUGAAUUUUAACAUGGUUAGUCCUAAUUGGACUCCACCAUUUCAAAUUAAUUUUCUUGACCUAAGUUCUUGUCCCAUUGGUCCUCAAUUCCCACUAUGGCUUCAAAAUCAAAAGCUCCUCUCCUUUUUAGACCUCUCCAAUUGUGGUAUUUCUGAUAUCAUUCCGAGUUGGUUUUGGAAUAUAUCAUCUCAAAUAGAGUACUUGAACAUGUCUCAAAAUGCAAUUAGAGGUGAACUUCCAAUGUCGUUGAAUAUUGCAUUAGAGGCAACUAUCGACUUAAAUUCAAAUCAAUUGGAAGGGCGCCUUCCUAGGCCAAUGAAUUUUGUACAAUCUGUAUCAUUUUCGAACAAUAAGUUCACAAGCGGGAUUGAGUUAUAUCUAAAUGGGAACAUGAGUUUGUUGGAAGUGCUUGACCUUUCUCAAAAUCAUCUCUCAAGUGAAAUCCCUAACUCUAUAUGCCAAAUGCCUUCAAUAAUUCUUCUCGACUUAUCACACAACAAUCUUUCAGAAGAAAUUCCAAAUUGCAAUGGUAAUGUUUCAAGCUAUAAGAUGCUAAGGUUUGCCUUUUUGUUUUCCGCUGAUCUUAUGAGCUAUCCAAGGAUACCUGUACCUGAUUCAGUAAUGAUCGAUAUAAAAGGAACACCUUGUUGGAUUGAUGAGCCUGAAUUUGUCAAGAAACCAAUUCACGGGACAAAUACUGGUGUUAUGCAAAGCUUAGAAGAAAGUUUGGAUCUAUCAAGGAACCAUUUCUCAGGAGGUAUUCCGGAGAGCAUUGUGAUGCUCAGUGCAUUGAGUUAUUUCAACUUAUCCUACAACCAAUUGUCUGGUAGAAUCCCGACAGGGACCCAACUUGACACAUUUAAUGAAUCAAUUUAUUACGGAAAUCCAAAACUCUGUGGGAAACCACUACAUAAUACUUGUGAAGGUGAUGAACAUAAAAUACAUGGUGAAGGAGACAAUUCUCAGGAUGAUGAUGAUGAUUUUGGUUUGUUCCUCAGUAUGGGACUUGGCUUUGCUGUCGGACUAUGGAUUGUAUUGGGGACCUUAUUUCUCAAGAGGUCUUGGCCGACCUCUUACUUUGAAUUCCUUGAUAGAAUGAUAAAUAAUAUUUAUGAAUUUGUCAACGUGAAAGUGAAUCAGUGGUUUAAUCAAUAA